UUGAAAAAUUAUGGAUUUUGAGAAUGAUUUGACUGCAACAAUAUCAGUUGAAGACCGCGAUUGAGAGUUUUUUCUUAAGUGGGGUCGUUUUAGAAAGAUUGUGCUAUGAGAUCUUCCAGCUAGCUCUGAAUAAGCCCAGAUUUAUAUUUGUAAGCUGCUGGUGGUCAAUGGUUCCUUUUUUUUUGAGCUUUUUUGAAGUGGGUUUUAGUCAAAAUCCUUUUUUGUUUUCCUCCUUUUCGAAUUUAUGAUGCAGCAGAGAUGGAAUCGGAGAAAAACCCAUUUACAUUUACUGGCUUUACUCUUCGUUUUCUUCAUAGUUUUGACGAUCCUCCAUAACGAGCAUAGCAUUCAGCAAAUCCACGAAAACCCAGAUCCUGAAACUCACCGCCAAGAUGCUUCGCUUUCAUUUGUGAAACCUAAUGUUUUAAUCAGUCGAAAUGGAGCUCCUGAAAUUUUGGAUAGAUUCAGUAAGUGUAAUGGAACGAGAGAGUAUAGCGGCCGUAAAAUCUCGUGGUCUGGCCGGAAAAAGGAAUCAAGUCGUCGGAAAGUUGGGUCGGAGAGGUGUGAUGUGUUUUCAGGCAAAUGGGUUUUCGAUAACACUUCGUAUCCACUUUACAAUGAGUCAAAAUGUCCUUACAUGUCGGACCAGUUGGCUUGCCACAAGCAUGGAAGAACUGAUCUGAGGUAUCAGUAUUGGAGAUGGCAACCCCAUGGCUGCAAUUUGAAGAGAUGGAACAUUGCUGAAAUGUGGGAGAAAUUGAGAGGGAAAAGGUUGAUGUUUGUUGGGGAUUCGCUGAAUCGGGGGCAAUGGAUUUCGAUGGUUUGUUUGCUUCAGUCUGUGAUUCCAGCUGAUAAGAAAUCCAUGUCUCCAAAUGCUCCUCUUACUAUUUUUCGAGCUGAGGAGUACAAUGCCACCAUAGAGUUUCUCUGGGCACCCCUUCUUGUGGAAUCCAAUUCAGAUGACCCUGUGAAUCACCGGUUGGAUGAGCGAAUAAUACGUCCAGAUUCAGUACUUAAGCAUUCGUCAGAAUGGGAGCAUGCUGAUAUAUUAGUUUUCAAUACCUAUUUGUGGUGGAGACAAGGCCCAGUUAAGCUAUUAUGGAGUGCUGAAGAAAAUGGUGCGUGUGAAGAAUUAGAUGGCCGUGAAGCUAUGGAAUUGGUUAUGACGACAUGGGCAGACUGGGUGGCUUCAAGGGCCAUUCCCCUGAAGAAACGAGUCUUUUUCGUCACUAUGUCCCCAACGCAUCUGUGGAGUCGAGAGUGGGAACUGGGAAGUGAAGGGAACUGCUACAAUGAGAAAACACCAAUCGAAUUGGAAAGCUAUUGGGGAAGUGGGUCAGACCAGCCAACAAUGCGCAUUGUCAAGAAGGUCGUCGACAAUUUGAGCUCAGAGGUAACAAUUCUCAACAUCACACAGCUUUCAGAGUAUCGAAAAGACGGUCACCCUUCCAUCUAUCGCAAGUUCUGGGAAGAGCUAAGCCCCCAACAACUAUCAAACCCUGCAAGUUAUUCAGAUUGUAUACAUUGGUGUUUACCAGGUGUGCCUGAUGUUUGGAAUGAACUUCUCUUCCAUUUUUUGUGAGAAUUUUCUUCCUUGUUUUAUAUAAAAUUGGUUAUAUAAUUGUAAUUUGUUGUAUUGGAAAAUCUCAAGAAAAAGAUUGCUUCAGAUAUAGUUAGUGUUUUCCUA